AUCUGGUCGGCUCCGACGUUCAGCGACGGCGCCGGGGACCGGUGCCGGUGCGCUUGGGAUGGAGAGGGGGUAGGGAGAGAGAGAGAGAGAGGGAGAGCCGGCGACCGGAGGUCGUAGCCGGCGGUCGUCACUGUAAGAGAGUAAAUAUAAACACGUUCCCAGCAGGAUUGAAUAUAAUUUAGAUGUAUAACUAACUACCUUGGAAAAUAUACAAGAUCUGUCUAAGAUUACUUUGACAGAGUUGUUAAAUUCUUUUCAGGCACUGGAACAAAGGAGACUUAUGAGGCAAGAUGGUAUGGUUGAAGGAGCCUUAGUAGCCAGCCACAAAAUUCAAAGUAGGGGUAAAAAUUUUAAAAAUUACCCACCUUGUGAGCACUGUGGAAAAAUGGGUCAUCCACCAUACAGAUGUUGGAAAAGGCUAGACGUGAAGUGCAGCAAGUGCAAUCAUUUUGGCCAUGAAGCGGUGAUUUGCAAAAACAAAUUUGAGAACCAUGAAGCAGGUGCAGGUGUGGUAAAUGAAGAAGAAGAAGACCAACUUUUUGUUGCAACAUGUUUCUCAAAAUUAAAGCCUACUGAAAUAGCCAAAGUUAGGAUUGGAAAUGGUGACCAGAUUCUUGUUGAAGGAAAAGGAAUUGUUUUCAUCAAAACAAGUUCAGGUAAUAAAACAAUUUCAGAUGUUCUUUAUGUACCUGAUAUCGAUCAAAGCUUGUUGAGUUUUUGUCAGUUGGUAGAAAAAGGAUACAAAUUAUCCUUUGAGGAUAAGCAUUGCUUCAUUAAUGAUGGUGCUGGGAAAGAAGUUCUAAACAUUACGAUGAGAGGUAAACAUUUCUCAUUUGAUCCAAUGGAAGAUGUUUCUGUAAAACAUGAAAAAUAUCAUAGGCUGGAAAAAUUAGAAGAUGAUCCUCUAAUUGUAAAAGUACAAGCAAUAUGUGAACCUGCUAGGUUUAAAGGAGCUUUCAAUGUUCCUAAAGGAAUUGAAGCAAUAGAGGAGUUCUCUAUGUUUCAGAAAAAUAAAAUGGGCAAGUUUAAAUUCAAGAUGCAAAUAAAGCAGGAAGAAAUGCCUAAAGGAUUUAAUAGUCAAGGGUUGCAUUCAAGACGAGAAGUGAAUUUAGUUCACUACAAGCCCAAAGAUGAAUCUCUAGAUUUAUUCACAAGGUCACUUUCGGUUAUCAAGUGUGGAAUACCAAAAUUUUGCAGUUUCUAAAGCAAGGAGGAGUGUUAAAAGUUGCUUUAAGGAAUAAUGCACGUGACUUGUUUUUUGUUUUUCUUCUGUCUUUUUACAUAGGACUCCUAGUCAAAUUGGGAUUCCUAAUUUUGGUAGAAAACUGUU